AUGAACGCAAUUCAAGGCACUCACCAGGAGGGCGAGUACAAUACUCCAACCCAGCACGAUCACUAUGGCGCUUUCCAGACUGAUAUCUAUAAGAAGGGAAUGUAUGACAACGUCGUUCCUAGUGUCACUACCAACCCCAAUAAGCUCGAGCAACAAGCAAAGGAGAGCAUGACCAGCAGAGGUUAUAACUACGUUGGUGGAGGUGCUGGUGAAGGAGCUACCAUGGACGCAAACCGCCUGGCCUUCAGGACCUGGAAGAUGAUCCCUCGUAUGCUUCGUGACACAACCCACCGAAGUCUUAAGACGACAAUUCUAGGCAAGGAGUAUCCGACACCUUGCCUGAUAGCUCCCAUUGGUGUUCAGCAAAUCUUUCACGAAGACAAGGAGGUUGGAGUCGCUGAGAUUGCUACUGAACUCGGCGUUCCUUACAUCCUUUCAAGUGCAUCUUCAUCCUCGAUUGAGGAGGUUGCUAAAGCCAACGGUGAUGGCCACAGAUGGUUCCAGCUUUACUGGCCUCACGACGAAGCUAUCACUGAGAGUAUGCUCAAAAGAGCCAAGGAAUCUGGUUACGAAGUCCUGGUCGUUACUCUGGACACCUGGUCCCUGAGUUGGAGACCGCAAGAUCUUGAUUCGGCCUAUGUACCAUUUAUGAAGGGGAUUGGAGAUGCCAUUGGAUUUUCUGACCCUGUUUUCCGUAAGCAGUUUAAGGAAAAGCACGGUCAAGAGGUCGAAGACAACAUCCACGACGCCUCGCUGGAAUGGCAAGGCAAGGUAUUCCCUGGUGCUGCUCAUACCUGGGACGAGGUCCAGCAUCUGAAAGACAACUGGGACGGACCUAUCGUCCUCAAGGGUAUCCAACACCCCGAGGAUGCCAGGAGAGCGGUUGAAGUCGGUGUCCAAGGCAUUGUUGUCAGCAACCACGGAGGCAGACAACUAGAUGGAGCCAUUGGCAGCCUUGAGAUGUUGCCAGAAAUUGUCGAAGCAGUUGGAGACAAAAUCGAUGUCUUGUUCGACAGCGGUAUCAGAACCGGCGUUGAUAUCAUCAAGGCACUCUCUCUUGGUGCUAAGGGUGUUCUAAUCGGACGUCCUUGGGUCUACGGUCUUGGUGCCGGCGGUAAGGGAGGAGCUAAGCAAGUCCUCCAGGGCAUUCUGGCAGAUCUUGAUCAGAGUAUGGGUCUUGCUGGUAUCUCUUCGAUUGCAGAGUGUGACAGAAGCAUGCUGCGUCGCACCUUCUAUCCUGGAGACAGACACUCUAACAACUAG